AUGCGUUCGGCCACGUGCGAGUUUUGUGAUCUCGUCCUACCCAUGUUCAUGAUGCGAGAGCAUCGAGAGCAAUGCAGUUGUCGCACAGAACUAUGCGCCCGUUGCGGGAAAUACGUGAUGAACAAGGAACGUGUGACUCAUGCCUGUUCACCCACAUCCAGUAGUCGCACAGACGUCAGCUUGCCCAGUGGGGAUACCGAUUUGGAUCGAGAUUUUGAUAUUGCCGUACGACUACAAUGCAUGGAAUUGGACAGUUUAACUGCAUCCAUGAACACAAUCCAGAAUCUACCGACAACCACCGUAUGGAGCCACAUAAACCAGACUCCCAGAGACACGCCUGAAGAUUUGGCGGAGUAA